AGGAACGAAUCUAUGGAAGCCGCCACUUUCACGUGCAGUGUUCGGAGGUCAGGUGGUCGGCCAGGCGUUGGUUGCAGCAACCAAAACAGUAAAUGAAAACAUGCAUGUCCACAGUCUGCACUGCUACUUUGUUAAACCAGGGGACAAUACAGUUCCUAUUAUUCACCAUGUCGAUCGUGUGAGAGAUGGGAAGAGUUUCUGUACACGUUCUGUCAAAGCCCAACAAAGAGGACAAGCUAUUCUUACCAUGCAGGUGUCGUUCCAUCAGACAGAGACAGGAGGAUUUUCCCACCAGUACAACAUGCCAGACGUCCCUAAACCAGAUGAACUCCUCAGUGCAGAUGAACUCGUCCGGAAAUAUCUAGAAAGUCCAAAGGUGCCAGAGAAAUUGAGAGCAACAUUUGAGAGGGCUCUUGCUUAUGAAAUACCAAUUGAAUUCAAACCUGUCAACCCAUUUACAUAUUAUGCUAGAAGAUUGGGAACUAAAAAGGCAUUUGAAGCAAAGCAAUGCGUUUGGGUGAGGGCCACUGGAUAUAUCGGUGAAGAUCCAGCCGAGGCUCACAUGAAUCUUCAUCGUUGUGUAGCUGCGUAUAUAUCUGACUGGUCUCUGCUUGGUACAGCUUAUCUUCCUCAUCCAAGGUUCAAAUCUGGAAUCAUCGCCUCCCUCGACCAUUCCAUGUGGUUUCACACUCCAUUUAGAGCGGACGAGUGGAUGUUGUAUGAAUGUGAGAGCCCACAAGCAGGAGGCAACCGAGCUAUGGUAUCUGGUCGUCUAUGGCGGGAAGAUGGUACAUUAGCUGUCACCGUGGCACAAGAAGGACUUAUACGACCUUACGAUGAGAAACAUGACAAGGCAAAACUUUAGGAGAAUUAGAAAAUUAUAACAGCUACAACUUUAUAAAAGUCUGAAAUUGACAUUCCACUGCAGAUGUUAAAACAACAAUUAAUACUAAUGUAAAUUAUUACCAGUCUUUGAAAUGGAGGAAUAUCACAAAGGACAAUUCAAGUCUGAGAUAUAAAAUGGCAUGGCUCACGACUCUCUCAAGAUAUGGAAUAUUUUAUUAGAUCUCUUGAAAUU